GCAGGCGCUAGCGGGCGGUCCCCCAGCCUGGACUCCAGACCUCGCAAGCCAGACCUCACACCACGGCAUCCUCUUCUUCAUGGCAGUGCCCGUCGCUUCGAACUCGCGCUGAGCGCGACGCGCCACUGGCGUCUUUCUGCUGCCCCUCCAGUCGUUGUACCCCGCGCCUGCCCAACCGUCACCCCACAGUUCCCGUCCUGAACACUUUUCCUGCUGCGCCAACCGCAACCACGCUCCCCUGAAUUCGACAUCGUGGCUCAUACAGACCAGCUGUUCUAAUCCAUCCCUCUACGCGACAUUACCUCGUAGUCACACCUAUACCACGCCAGCCGUCUUUCAGCCCCGCCAAGCAGAACGCGUCACCGCGCAGAGCUGCCACGCCGGCCAACCAAGCAUGGCGGAGCCCAUUCCCUUCCCGCAAGAACUCCUCGAGCGCGCCCACUCGCCAUCCACCGCGGCCUCGCACUAUACCGAACGCGUCAUCAAGCGUCCGCUCUACGUCCGCCCAACCUCACCGGUCCCUUCUGCUCGCGCCCUCCGCCGCCGAGCUCUCAACGAGCGCCAAGAGAAAGCUCGAAAGCGCAGCAAGCUCAAGCCCCGCCCGCUCUCCGCUGCCAAGAAGCGCGCCUUGGGGUUGCUAGAGAUCCCGAAUGAGCAGCAGAAGUAUGCCAUCUAUGAGGGGCUGCAUCGGCUUUGGACGGGGUAUAUGAGGGAUGUGCUUGGGCUGAACGCGGAGAGGACGCAUGUCACGGCAGCGAGCGCUGGGCAGAUCCUCGCGAGCGCGGAUAUGCACGGUGCGAUUCUGGAGGUAGUGAGAAGUCGAUGCGUGAGCCGCGUGGGCUUGAAAGGAAUUGUGGUGAGAGACACCAAGUUUACGUUCGAGAUCAUCACGGACAAGAAUGUGGUCAAAUCCGUCCCGAAGGAGCACACCAUGUUCAGGUUUGAGGUCCCUUUAACGGCAAGCGAAGGCGAGGAAGCACCCAAGCCUCUACUCUUCGAAAUCCUGGGCGAGCAGUUCCAGGCUCGAGCGCCCGACAGAGCGAACAAGAAGUUCCGGAUGCACUACCAGCCCGAUAUAUGAGAUUCUGCGAGAAAGCAGCAUUAACUGGUCGCAAGACGAGGAGGUAAGGCGUCCUACAGCGGGCGACCUCAGAU